AUGGUGGACGCGCUCAAGGCCGGCUCGGACCAAAGAGUUGAGCGCGCGGCCACAGCCAAAAACCUCGCCUGCUCGGAAUCCAUUGGGACGUGCUCCCGCCCAACCACCUCCUCGGCGCGCCGACGCCAGGAGGGGAUAAGGACGUCCGCUCUCAUCCACUCCAUUCCCCUCGCUCUCUCCCUCUCGACCACGCGCUCGUUCCCCUCCUCAGCUCCCCUUCGCCGCUGCCUCAUCACCGUCGCGGCAACCCUCGUCGCCUUCGGGCGGGAGGACGUCCAGGAGGUCCGCGGCAGCCGGCUUCGUCCGUCCCGGGCAUCAGCUCAACCGGGGCGGUUCAUGCGCUCGCCAUCGUCGUCCUCUGCAUCGUCCACGACCACAGGACGAGCUGGGCACCUACUCUUCAUCCGGAUCGAGCGCUUCUUCUUCGUCCGGCUGUUGACGCCAUUGCCGGAAUUCGAAGCCCCUGCAGCUCCUAAACCGUACACCGAGCCUCCUUGUGCUCCUCGGGAGUCGAUGAAGGAUCUCUGGGCAUUAUUGCUACAACAUGCUUGUUAAUAUAAAAUGCUAUUCUUUACUCUUCUACAUGCUG